CACAUCGCAUCCGAAUGACCUUCAGGGAAGCUACAUUCUUCUGCAACAGAUACGGAGGAUCCCUCUACGCCCUUGACUCACCAAGCAAAAACCGGAUCAUGCUCAGCUACCUGACGACUGUCUUUGGUCAAGGACGACGUCAGAAGUUCUGGACGGGUUACUACAAAGCGGAGAACGCUUUGGGAUGGCGAUGGACAACGGGUUCCACAUCUCAGUACACAGAUUGGGAACCUGGUAAACCAGCAAACACUAAUGAAGCCAUCGGCGCUGUAGCAUGGGGAGGCACCUAUCACUGGUCUGAUACGUGGCAAGACGAGCCAUUGUCGUCGUCUUUUGCUUUUAUAUGUCAAGCACCUGCACUUACUGCCAACGGUGAACCAUAUCCUCCGCCUACAACCGCACCUAUGCAGCCAGGGUUCGGGGCUGGUGCAGGUCCAGGUGCAGGUCCAGGAAUGGCACCAAAUGUACCGUUUAAUCCCGUGAUGCCUGGAUCCGGCCCUCUGAGCCCAGUCAACCCUGGUGCUACUCCUCUCAUGCCAGCCACUGGUCCAGUGAACCCCGGGGCAGGCCCAGUUAAUCCCAGGCCUGGCCCCAUCAAUCCCAAUCCUGGUCCGGUAAAUCCUGGAACUGGUCCAGCUAACCCCGGUACUGGCCCUCUCAUCCCAAGGGGUAGACCAAAUGGAAGACCCAUCAACCCAAACCCACGGACCCCAGCUGUCUUGCAACGUCUUAAAGGCUACGCUUCACAUGUACAGAACAUAAUGGCUCUACCUUGAUACAGGUUGUGUCUUCUUGUUACUACUUUAGACCUUAGUUUGAACUAAAAAUUGAUGAGGAACUGUUAUGAACUUUGAUCAGUAUGACGUCAUAAAUGAAGGGGAUUUGACACCGACCCUAUAUACCUGCGUGACGGCUCUCAGCGUUGAACCAUUUUUUAUAGGUAGCCGGAUUUCGCUAUUAAAAAGGUGCGAAUGUGGUCCUAUAAUUAGAAAGACGUCUAUCUAAUGAUUUGAAAUUAUUGUUUUAUUGUGUGUAUUUUCCUCUGGACUGAAUAAUCUACCGACAAAAAUGAAACCAGUUGAACUAGUAAUACUAAAAUCAUCAUCAUUGUCAUCCUGAGUGAGAUUUUUUUUUCAUUCUUAUGUAGUUAUAAUGGGCACCAAGUGUCAAUUGUACAGUUGCUUUUCUCUUGUAAAGUUCACAUUUUUUAUUCAUAAAAUUUGCUUAUGAUGAUGGUAGUGAUGAUUCCCAACUCUUCAUAGCUGGGAAUUCAUAACUGCAAAAGUACCUUAUCCGUCUCAAAAGAAUUCUGGUACAGAUUCCAACAACAGGUUUAAACGUUGAAAGUGGUAAUGUUUUUCUUAAAUCGAACUUGUCAUAAUCUACCCAUCAGGUUGCCAAUAUCAUGUUUCAAAUAUUAAUAACGGUCUUAUUCGUUGUUUAGUUGCUUUUAAACUAUAGCUAUUCUGGAAUGAUAAAGGCUUGCUGGGGAAGUUCCUUGUACAUUCAAUUCAUGGCUUUCAACCCAGUAUAUCAAAUUGAUAUAGCUAUUCUGUUUCUCUCAUUCCAUCCUAUGACACAUUAAUUUGAUUACAGAGGUUGGAUGCCCUUUUUUACUGGACUUCAUAUUUACUGGCCCAAUAUGUUUUGCCAUUAUUUCAUUAUUUAAGAUUCACGGCGCUAAUAUAAUUCAUAUACUGAUACAUAGUCAAACCUGUCUAUCAAUGCCAUUCACUGGCGGAUCCACAGGGGGUGCACAGCUGGCUCGUGUCCCCCCUUUUGAGAGGAACAAUUGAAAUUUGUAAUGUAAAGAUACCGUUCAAACACAAGUGUGCCCCCCCCCCCCUUUUGAAAGUGAGGACUUUUUUUAUUGUCAAUUUUUUUCGUGGACGAAAUGUAUCAAAUUUUUGGGUGAAAAACCUUUUCUUUAAUUUGCUUGUCCAAUUUUGUCUAGAAAAAAUGUGCCCCAUCUUCCUUUGGGGAAAUCCUGGAUCUGCCCCUGAUGCUAUUGAAUGGAAACAGAAAAAAAGUUACCACUGUAGAACGUUGACCUUUAUAGACAGGUUCAUUAACACAUGUAUGUAUUCCUUACAAAUGGGAGACAAGUUUGGCGCCUACUAAAGACAGGUUCCACUAUAGACAGGUGACGGCUGAGACAGGUUUAAUUGAAUGCUUUUCAUUUGUGAUUAUACCCGAGCGAGUAUUAUAUGUAUUUUUGUAUCAAUUGUAUCAAAUAGUAUUAUGUUAAAGAUCAUGAGUCAUUAAAAAUGAAUAUAUUGUAAAAAAUGUAAUAAAAUGAUAUACGAA